UAUAUGAAAGCUUCUGUAGCCGGUCGAUUGUCUGUUUCAAUUGUAUUUGGUAAAUUUGUCAUAUAUUUGGAUCCAUAAGAUUCUUCAUAAGUUGAUUUCAUUAAUACUACUGCUCCCUGCAGAAGAGAUAUACAACCAAUUAAUGGAUGCAGAGGAACAGAGAGGCGGUCUUGAAUCGCCCUUGAUUCCUGAUCCACAAGAACAUGCUCUACAAUCAAGAAAGGGAUUGUUGAAUAAAGAUGAAAUCGUCGAGGAAGUGAAGAAGCAGCUGUUGUUAGCAGGGCCACUUGUGUCAUCAAAUUUCCUGCUAUUUGGGAUGCAAGUUAUUUCAGUCAUGUAUGUUGGUCAUCUCGGGGAGCUAUCACUUGCGGGUGCUUCAAUGGCCACUUCAUUCGCUUCGGUCACCGGUUUGAGCUUGAUAAUGGGAAUGUGUAGCGCACUGGACACUUUCUGCGGUCAAUCCUAUGGAGCGAAACAGUAUCGGAUGCUUGGUAUACAUAUGCAGAGGGCAAUGCUUGUUCUUUUGCUGGUGAGCAUUCCUCUUGCGACUAUAUGGGCCAAUGCAGGAAGGAUUCUACAGUUCUUGGGUCAAGAUCCAGAGAUAUCUGCUGCUGCCGGAGAUUAUGCUCGUUUGAUGAUACCAUGCAUUUUCGCUUAUGCAAUCCUACAAUGUCAUGCUAGAUUCCUGCAAACACAAAACAAUGUGGUUCCGAUGAUUGUUAGUACCGGAACUGCAACACUGCUACACUUGCUUAUCUGUUGGCUUCUGGUAUACAAGACCAGCCUCGGAUAUAAAGGUGCUGCUGUGGCAAACGCCAUCACCUAUUGGAUCAAUGCAUUGUUAUUGUUUCUUUAUGUCAGAAUCUCUCCAUCUUGCAAGAGCACAUGGACUGGAUUCUCAAAGGAGGCCUUCCAUGGACUUCCCACUUUUUUAAGACUAUCGAUUCCUUCAGCUGUCAUGCUUAGCUUAGAGAUUUGGUCAUUUGAAAUGUUGGUUCUUGUAUCUGGUUUUCUUCCAAAUCCAAAGCUUGAAACCUCAGUCCUGUCAAUCAGCCUUAACACAUGUGCAAUGGCAUACAUGAUUCCCCUUGCAUUCAGUGGUGCAGCAAGCACAAGAGUAUCAAAUCAAUUGGGUGCCGGGCAACCUAGACUAGCACGUCUAGCUGCAUGUGUUUCACUAUGCCUUGUUGUUAUUGAAGGCAUUGUUGUUGCUGCUGUCAUGAUAUUGGGUCGAAAAGUAUGGGGAUACUGUUACAGCAAUGAAAAACAAGUUGUGAAUUAUGUUAGUGAAAUGUUGAUUUUUGUUGCAAUAUCCCACUUUGUUGAUGGACCUCAAUCUGUUCUCUCAGGUGUCAUAAGAGGAAGUGGGCAGCAGAAGAUUGGAGCAUAUGUUAAUCUGGGAGCUUAUUAUCUUCUAGGCAUUCCUAUUGGACUAGUAUUUGCUUUUGGCCUCCACAUUGGAGGAAAGGGUCUCUGGAUAGGAAUUGUCGUCGCGCUAUUCGUGCAAGCACUAUGUCUUGCAAUCAUUGUCAUAUGCACAGAUUGGGAUAAAGAAGUGAAAAAAGCUUCUGAUAGGGUGCACAAUGCAGUCAGCGUGGGUGAUGUGUCGUAAACAUCAUGCUAAAGUCAUGAUCAUAUCUAGAUUUGGGGACCUAAUUACCAAGUCGAUACUAGAAAAUUUCGAGAAAAUAAAUUAUUCAAAGGGGAAGACAUUAAUUUGAUCUCCUCCUCUCAGAGACUGAGGUAACAAGCCUCAUAUGAUUUUGCACUGGAUGUAUCUGGCUUGUUAUAUGCCAGUUUCUUCAUAUGAUAUGUUGUUUAAUAUGAGCGUCCUAUAUAUAUACACUUUUUAUUUCUUCCUCA